AUGGAAGUUCACCACAACAAUAUGAUGGCAUGCCUCGAAGAACUUCUAGCCAAACUCGAGGAAAUUAUGGCCCGCCGCCGUGCGACCAACAUCCAUACAGAAUCAGCAGAUCCGUCAGAGGUGACGACAAAUGAUGGCUCGACAGUCAUGGACGAAGCCGCUGACUUCGACGCAGUGGAAAAGGAGUCCUUGACCUCAGGAGAUGAGGCAACCAAAGGCUCUGCGGCAGGCGCGUGCCUUGUGACGGUGGCUGGAGUGGUGGCGGCGCAAGAGGGCCUGAUACUGCAAAAUUUUCACGCUCAACCAUGCGGACGCCAAAGGAGAUCUCCAAUGAGUUCACUGUCCCAGCCCAAGAGGGCAAAGCGGCACCGUUUAUCGCUGCUGUGA